AUGGAAAGUAUUGUUAAAGCUAUAGCAGAAAAUGAUGUUACAUCACUCAUAGAGUAUAUGAAAGGUCAAAAUUACAACGAUUUUCAUGAAAUUUCAAUUAAUGACGAAAUAUUUCUCAAUUUUUAUAAUAAGAAAUCGUGUUUAAUCAAAAAACUUAAGCUCAUAGAUAUUGCUGCAAUUUACAAUUCAUUAGAGUGUUUUAUUUACAUAUUAAAUGAAUAUGAAAUAGAUCUAACUAAAGAAUACGCUCCAUUCCACUAUUGUUGUAUUUGUAAUUCAUUAGAAGUAGCUACUUAUCUAUUUUAUUACUACAAUAACAAAUGCCGUUUAAAAACGUUACAAAACAUUAUUGAAGCUGAUUAUAAACUACAACAAGCUGGCAUAACUCUUUGCAAUAUGUGCACAAAUGCAGGAGCUUACGAAAUUUUGAACAUUUUAGUUAAAAAAUACGGAUAUGCAAUAAAUAAAGUCUAUAAGGCGAACAAAGAGUCUAUUAAUAAUGCAAUAGAGAGAGCUAUCGGUAAAAAAUACACAGAAUGCUUAAAAAUAAUUUUAUCAGGAUUAAAUACGAAUAAUUCUACAUCUUUCUCUGGAUCACCACUAAUGUCCGCAAUUAUAUUUCAUAAUAUCGAAGCUGUUAAACUAUUAUUAAACCAAGAUGAUGAAAAUUUCGAAAUUUCAAUUUUACAACCGGAUAAUCCAAUAUUUCUUGCAUGCUUUCUCACCCAGAAGCAAAUAUUAUUCGAAUUACUAAAGCGUGUGAAUAAAUCCGAAUUAAUUAAUAUUAAUUUCGUAAGAGGGCCAAUUCAUUGGAUUUGUGAGUGGGGAGACGCAGAAGUUGCUAAAGAAUUCUUUAAAUUGGGUAUAAAUCCCAAUGCUGUUGACGAAAAUUCUAAAAUAGGGUUAUGUUAUUCAACAUUUAAAAUUACAUCAGAAAAUGAAGACGAGUAUCUAAAAAUAUUCCGAUUAAUGCUUGAUCAUUCGUGGGAUAUCAAUCAACGCAAUUAUGAUAAAAUGACACCACUUGAUAUAUUAUUGAACGGUUAUUAUAUACCAAUGAAGUUAAUUGGAUUUCUUCUGGAACAUGGAGCCAUAGUUACCAAUUUCGCAAAAGCAAAAAUCACAAAUAGUCGAAAACCAGAAUUACAGGAAUUGGCCAAAAUCAUUUGUCAGAAAUAA